AAAAAUAGUCAUAGUAGAUGUUGAAUCUUUGUCUGCAUUUUAGUUAGUCAAUCGUACGUUGUAAUCGCAUGUUCUGUGAAUAAUAAGUUCUUGUGAUUCUAGUUUCUAAAACGCAAUUGUAUUACUGCAUCACAACAAGUACAAAUUGCAGCGCUGACGAAAGAAUUCGUACGACGAUAAAAUCGCUAAAAUGCUCACUGGACGUGACGUGAUUGUAAUUACUAAGGAAAAUCAACUAAUGGAUCUAACUAGCAGCGAUAUUGAAACAACCAAUCAAAAUUACAUAGCGUGCACGUAAAGCUCAAGUGUGAGAUAUCAAAAUGUCGGCGCCGAAUACAGAAGAAAAAUCGGAGGUGAAAUCUAUAGGGAAAGUCGUGGAUGGGAUACGCGUAGGUAAUGCGAUGCAAACUAGAUUUCGAUUGAUUCCCAAUGAGCAUUUAAGUCGAGAGACCGUUGCCGGUAUUCAAGAUAUGUCUCUGUUUAAACUAAGAAGCAGGAAACCACCUGUUGGUGCUACUGUACGCUUUGACAGAGGACUAAAAUCUAGCCCCCAUAUUAAUAUCGAUCCAUUGGGUAAAGCAGCUAAGAGCAAUCCACAUAUCUCGGUUCCCAAAGGAGUCAUCAAAACAGCUGAGAUUGUCAACAAGACAUUGAAGUACGUGGGUCCCGUGGUGACGGUGGCUGCCGUGGCGUUCGAUUCCUACCGCGUUUACUCCGCUUUCAAAAAUGACGAUUACAUCAAGGAACAUGCGGACGAGAUAAUUAAAGAGAUGGAAGAUAUCAUCGAAAAGCUAAAGCUACAACUCAAAGUUGAAACCGACCAAGUGAAGAGGAAGGAGAUCCAAGAAGAGAUCGAAAAGUAUGAAAACUUUCUAAACGACGUAAAACGUAUCAAAAAGGUACGAGUUAAAACGAUUAAAACAGUUUCGUCAAUUGCUGGUGGUUGGGGUGUUGGUGCCGCUGGUGGCUGUGGUGGCGCAUGGGCUGGUGCAGGGGCGGGUGCUACAAUCGGUAGUUUCUUUGGUCCAAUUGGCACAGUGGUUGGUACACCGAUUGGCGCAGUGAUCGGUGCUAUCGGAGGUGGUAUCGCCGGUAACAGUGUUGGCAGUUCCCUUGGAGAAACUGUAGCCGAAGAGGGAUUAAAAACUUUCGUCGAUAAUUAACCCACUGUGAUCGAACCCAUCGAAUCAUCUCCAGCCUUGGAAUUGUAUCAGGAAUGAAAAUCGGUUGUGAUUGAAAAAUGUUGAACCGAAGAAAUGUAAUAGUUAAAAGUUACUAUUAGUAACUAUUGCUAACUUAUUACAAAUAUAUAUAGGUUUUUGACCUACUUACAUCGAUUACGGUUUUGUCACUGUUAUAUCAUAUCGAUUCUAUAACUGUUAUUUUUCAGUUCUGUAUUUUGAUUAUGGUUUAUGUUAGAGUCAAGUUUAGAUUGCGAAUUUCUUUAUGCUAAUGAUUUACUGUGCAGAAAAAGAAAAAAAAAUAUAUAUAU